AUGUUUUUUCAUAUCUAUCUAUCUAUCUAUCUAUCUAUCUAUCUAUCUAUCUAUCUAUCUAUCUAUCUAUCUAUGUUCAUAGCAGUCCGAAUGUAUUUUCACAUCUAUUCAUCUAUCUAUGUUCAUAGCAGUCCGAAUGUAUUUUCAUCUAUCUAUCUAUCUAUCUAUCUAUCUAUCUAUCUAUCUAUCUAUCUAUCUAUCUAUCUAUCUAUCUAUGUUCAUAGCAGUCCGAAUGUAUUUUCAUAUCUAUCUAUCUAUCUAUCUAUCUAUCUAUCUAUCUAUCUAUCUAUCUAUCUAUCUAUGUUCAUAGCACAGUCCGAAUGUAUUUUCAUAUCUAUCUAUCUAUCUAUCUAUCUAUCUAUCUAUCUAUCUAUGUUCAUAGCACAGUCCGAAUGUAUUUUCAUCUAUCUAUCUAUCUAUCUAUCUAUCUAUAUCUAUCUAUCUAUCUAUCUAUCUAUCUAUCUAUCUAUCUAUCUAUCUAUCUAUGUUCAUAGCAGUCCGAAUGUAUUUUCAUUAUCUAUCUAUCUAUCUAUCUAUCUAUCUAUCUAUCUAUAUCUAUCUAUCUAUGUUCAUAGCAGUCCGAAUGUAUUUUCACAUAUCUAUCUAUCUAUGUUCAUAGCAGUCCGAAUGUAUUUUCAUUCAUCUAUUCAUCUAUCUAUCAUAUCUAUCUAUCAUCUAUCUAUAUUUCAUAGCAGUCCGAAUGUAUUUUCAUAUUCAUAUCUAUCUAUCUAUCUAUCUAUCUAUCUAUCUAUCUAUCUAUCUAUCUAUCUAUCUAUUUGCCCAUGUUAG